AUGGGGGGCCACAGGGCUCCCGUGGCCGGAGCUGAAACGCCGACCACCCAGGCCUUCCCAAGGGCUUGUCUACAGGGCCGUGCCCACCGCGAGGCUGCAGGCCUCAGGCUGCUGCUGUACACUCGGGGGCGGCGGGAGACCAGAAAGCAGGAGGGGCCGGAGUUACCCCGCCAGCCGGGUCUGGUCCCCACAGGUGACCCGGCUUCAGCCGCCCGCUCUGUCCCUCAGGCCUUGGACCUGGCCUGGCCAACCAGAUUGGUCGAGCCGCAGCUGCUGGACUGGCCUCUGGGGCCUGGGGGUGCUGACCCACCAACGCUCAGCCCCGCGCAGAGCCGGUACUCCCGCCAGGUGCCUCCGCCGCGGGCAGCCAAGAUGCCCCUCGCGCUCCGGCUCCUGCCGCUGUGGCUCUGCGCCGCGGCGCUCUGCGCCCAGCCGGACGCCCCCUCGUCAGCCGCCCCGGGCCCCGCCCCUCCCGGCCCGCGGCCCGCCUGUCCGUCUCCCUGCCGCUGCCGCGAGGCCGGCAUCCUGCUGUGGGCGGACUGCUCCGAGCGGGGGCUCUCCACGGUGCCGGCGGGCCUGGACCCCCUGACCGCCUACCUAGACCUGAGCAUGAACAAUCUCACGGAGCUCUGGCCUGGCAUCUUCCGCCACCUGCGCUUCCUAGAGGAGCUGCGCCUCUCCGGGAACCGCCUCUCACACAUCCCGGGACAAGCGUUCUCUGGUCUCAGCAGCCUGAAAAUCCUGAUGCUGCAGAACAACCGGCUGGGAGGGAUCCCCGCGGAGGCGCUGUGGGAGCUGCCAGGCCUGCAGUCUCUGCGCCUGGAUGCCAACCUCAUCUCCCUGGUCCCGGACAGGAGCUUCGAGGGGCUGACCUCCCUCCGCCACCUGUGGCUGGACGACAACGCGCUCACCGAGAUCCCCGUCAGUGCCCUCGGCCACCUGCGCGCCCUGCAGGCCGUGACCCUGGCCCUGAACCGCAUCGGCCGCGUCCCCGACUACGCCUUCCGGAACCUGUCCAGCCUCGUGGUGCUGCAUCUCCAUAACAACCGCAUCCAGCGCCUGGGGGCACACAGCUUCGAGGGGCUGCAGAACCUGGAGACCCUAGACCUGAACUACAACCAGCUGCAUGAGUUCCCCGUGGCCAUCCGGACGCUGGGCCGCCUGCAGGAACUGGGUUUCCAUAACAACAACAUCAAGGCCAUCCCUGAGAAGGCCUUUCUGGGGAACCCUCUGCUGCAGACCAUACACUUCUAUGACAACCCGAUCCAGUUUGUGGGGCGGUCGGCAUUCCGGCACCUGCCUGGGCUGCACACCCUUUCCCUGAAUGGCGCCACGGACAUCCAGGAGUUCCCAGACCUCAGAGGUACCACCAGCUUGGAGAUCCUGACGCUGACUGGCGCGGGGCUCCAGCGGCUGCCCCCGGGGAUGUGCCAGCAGCUGCCCCGGCUCCGAGUCCUGGAGCUGUCUCACAACCGGAUUGAGGGGCUGCCCAGCCUGCACGGGUGUCAGAAGCUGGAGGAGAUCGGCCUCCAGCACAACCGCAUCUGGGAAGUCAGAGCCGACACCUUCCACCAGCUCACCUCCCUGCGAUCCCUGGACCUGAGCUGGAAUGCCAUCCGAUCCGUCCACCCUGCGGCCUUCGCGACCCUGCGCUCGCUGGUCAAGCUGGACCUGACGGACAACCAGCUGAGCGCACUGCCCCUGGCCGGGCUGGGGGGCCUGGUGCACCUGAAGCUCAGGGGGAACCACGCCCUGUUGCAGGCCUUCCCCAAGGACAGCUUCCCCAGACUGAGGACCCUGGAGGUGCCCUACGCCUACCAGUGCUGCGCCUACAGCGGCUGCCCCGGCUUCUUCCCGGCCUCGGGGCCGUGGGGGCCCCAGCAGUCUCCCCCUGACGCCCGGGACCCUCCCAGGCGGACACUGGCUGACCGCUAUGACCUGGACCCGGAAGAGCUCCAGCUGGAGAUGGGGGACCCCAGGCCCCCCCCAGCUGUGCAGUGCAGCCCCGCUCCAGGCCCCUUCCAGCCCUGCGAGAACCUCUUCGAGAGCUGGGGCGUCCGCCUGGCCGUGUGGGCCAUCGUGCUGCUGGCCCUGCUCUGCAACGGGCUGGUGCUGCUGGGCCUCUCCACGGCCGGGCCCGGCCCGCUGCCCCCGGCCAAGUUCGUGGUGGGGGCCCUCGCAGGGGCCAACGCCCUGACCGGCCUGUCCUGCGGCCUCCUCGCCUCGGUUGACGCGCUGACCUUCGGCCGGUUCUCCGAGUACGGCGCGCACUGGGAGGCGGGCCCGGGCUGCCGGGCGGCGGGCUUCCUGGCCGUGCUGGGCUCCGAGGCGUCUGUGCUGCUGCUGAGCCUGGGCGCGGCGCACUGCAGCGUGGCCGCGGCCUGCGUGCGGGCCCGCGGGAAGGCGCUGGCUGCGGGCAGUGUGCGUGCGGGGGCCCUGGGCUGCCUGGCGCUGGCGGGGCUGUUGGCUGCCCUGCCGCUGGCCUCGGUGGGGGAGUACGGCGCCUCCCCGCUCUGCCUGCCGUACGCUCCACCCGCCGGCCGGCCGGCCGCUCUGGGCUUUGCCGUGGCGCUGGUGCUCCUGCACGCCGCCUGCCUCCUGGUGGCGGCCCUGGCCUGCAUCGUGCUCUCCUGCGGCCUGCCCGCGGCUGGGCUGGAGGCCGCCUGGGACUGCGUGGCCGUGCGCCACGUGGCCUGGCUCACCUUCGCCGACGGGCUCCUCUACUGCCCCGUGGCCUUCCUCAGCCUGGCGUCUGCGCUGGGCCUGCUGCCGGUGACCCCCGAGGCCGUCAAGGCCAUCCUGCUCCUGGUGCUGCCCCUGCCCGCCUGCCUUAACCCCCUGCUCUACCUGCUCUUCAGCCCCCACUCCCGGGAGGACCUGCGGCGGCUCCGGCUCUGCCCGAGGGGCACCAGCGCGUGGGAGCCAAGCUCCUGCGACUCCACCCAGGCCCUGGUGGCCUUCCCCGACAUGGAGCUCACUGCGGGGGCCUCCGAGACCCACGGCCUCCCCUCGGGUGCUCUUGUCCCCCGCCAGCAGCCUGGGGGCCUCCAGCUGGAAGGCGGCCACGUUGCAGAACCGGAGGGAUCCCGGUUUGGGAACCCGGAGCCGCCGGUCAGUCCCAGGGACACGUGUGACGUGUUGGGUUGCAGGGAGUGUCACACAGGCCCAGGCUCCUGGGUGCCCCAGAUGGGCCAGGACCUUGUGUCUGUCCUUGUCCGCCACCCGCACACCCUCCCCCACCCCAGAUGCAGGAUGAGCAGUGGGAACUGGGGCUCGGGAGACGGGCGGCUCGUCCCGGGCACCCCACCAUCUGUCACGUCCGGACAGGACAGAGGGCCCCCGCCUGGUGCUGUCGGACGGGACGGCUCUGGCAAGGUCCUUCGAUUCUCGUGGCUGGGGGACUGCUGUCUCAUAGCCCUGACAACCCCCACCGGUCCCCUGGUGGAAAUCCUUGGAGGAGUCGCCAAGGCUGCCGGGCGGGCGAGCAGAGGAGCGAGGCUCCGCGGUGGAGCCGGCACAUUUGACAUCUCGUUCUGAGUCCAGCUGAGGAGCCUGGACUCUGCUGGCUCUGGAGCAGACCUGCUGUCCCGGUGCCAUAGGAGGGCCUGCCGGGCCCAGCACUGCCCGUAGGCACCGUCAGGGGUCAGCUGGGCAGGCGUGCACCCUGGUCUCCCCACCGCCUGGGCUGAGCCGGGGCUCUGCUUGGCGCAGAGACGGGGUGACGCCGGUGGGCCUCCCAGUUCUCCAAGACGGCCCAGGGACAGAUGGCGAAGGGAGCAUGGCUUUGGGAGCCUUGAGUCCAGGCUCCUCCUGUGUGCCCACCAGCCCCCAAAGUUGGAGCUGCUGCGUGGGGCCGGUCCCUGCAGGGCCCUUCCAGGGGGAGAGGCAGGGCUCCCGGCUGCAGGCUCGGCCCCAGGGCGGCCCCACCUCCACCUGCGCUCUGUUCCCGGCCAGCUGGCGUCGGCCAGGCCUCCACCUUGUGGUCAGAGGAAAGGUGUUUGCCACAAACUGUUUUUAUUAUUCAAAAGCUUUGCAGAUGUUGUG